AAAAAACAGCGAAUUUUGUUCAGAAUAACUGCUAUUUAUAGCGAAAUCAGCAGGGAUUAGGGUUUUUAAUACACCUUUCAACUUUCUUCCCUACAGAUCAACAAAUCCAUGGCGAAACGAAAAGAAGAGAAAAUUGAUCAUUGUGCACAGGUCACAAGUCGUAUCCUUCUAAAGGAGAUUCAAAAGGAGCUUAAAAAAACUAAAAAUUCGAAUACUAACAUAUUGCUCUCUCCACUGUCUUUCCACGCCGUACUGAACAUGACGGCUGCCGGAGCAACGGGAGAUACAUUGAAUCAGAUGCUUCGAUUUCUCGGUGUUCAGGACAUUGAUGAUUUGAAUUCGAAAUUUUCAAAUUUGUCUUCUGUUAUGGAGAGAAAUAGUAAUGGUGGCCCUGCUUUGAGUUUCCUUAAUGGAAUGUGGGUGGCUCAUACACAUGAAAUCAGAGACUCUUACAAACAAUUAGCCAACACUCUCUAUGAAAUUGAUCCUAAAGUUGUUGAUUUUGAACGCAAGGAAGAAGUGGUAGAAGAAGUUAACACCUGGGUAGAGUCUGCAUCAAGAGGCCUUAUCACAAACAUUAUAAAGCCAAAUCACAUCAAUGAUAAAACAAAGGUCAUUCUCACAAAUGCUCUGUAUUUUAAAGGUACAUGGAACUUUGAUCAAGAACGCACCAUUGACAAAGACUUUUACCUUCUCAAUGGUGACAAAAUCUCAGUUCCCUUCAUGACUGGCUGCUACGAUUACAAAUAUGGAUCAUUUGAAGGCUAUCAAGUUGCUAAAAUUCCAUAUCAAACUGGAAAAAAAGACGAUAAAAAAGUCUUCUCUAUGUUUAUUUUCCUUCCAAAUGAAAAAGAUGGAUUACCUAGCUUAUUGGAAAAAGUGAAUUCUGAUCCAAGUUUCUUUACCCAAGGCUUCAGUCUUUCGGCUGAACCACUUGAUGCAUUCUACAUCCCAAAGUUCAAAUUCUCGUACACUGCAAUGAAACAAGUUAUAAGAACAAUGAAGGAAAUGGGAUUGACUCUUCCUUUUGAUAACAAUUGCAAUGAGUUAACAGGGAUCGUGGAACCUCAUGGGCCAUUCUUUAUCAACAGGAUAAUACAAAAGGCAUUUAUCGAAGUAAAUGAGAAGGGUACUGAGGCAGCAGCUGUUACUGAGGAAUCAGAUGAUGACAUGGGAUUUUCGAUGUAUGAGGCACCAAGAUUUGUAGCCGAUCACCCUUUCUUGUUCAUGAUAAGGGAAGAGGUUUCAAGAUUGGUGCUUUUCACUGGAGCUGUACUAGAUCCAUCAAAUGAUCAUUCAUCAAGUGAUUUGGAUGAUUAGUUUCUUAAAUUAGUAUUUGCUUAAGAACUUUAAGGGUUUGUGUUUAAAUUAAAGUGUUAUUAGAAAAUAACUGAUGAAG